AUGAACACGUUUAGUGGGAUUACUGGCAUCUGUUCAGAAAUGUGUAUUUCAUUUUCAGUUUUAGCUUUCCCAGCCCAUGAUGCUGCUUUCAGAGGGGACUUGUUAGUACUCAGAAGACUAGUGAGAUCUGGAGUAAUCAAUAUUAAUGAGCGGGAUGAUAAGGGAUCCACUCUCAUGCACAAAGCUGCAGGACAAGGGCAUAUCCAUUGCUUACAGUGGUUGAUUGAAAUGGGAGCUGACUGUGACAUUACAGAUGAUGCUGGAGAGACUCCAAAGGAUGUAGCCAAGAGAUUUGCCCAGUUAGCAGCUGUGGAACUUUUGACCCAAAGAACUGGAGACAGUAACUCUAGUGAUGAAGAACUGGAUGCAAGCAACGUAAAAUUUUUUGAAAGACAUGGUGUGGAAGGGAGUACAGACAGCAAAGAAGACUUAAUCCUGGAUGAAGCAGAGAAGAGGAACGCGCGCAUAAGAGCCUAUCACAGGAUUCAAGAACUUCAGCAACUUCUGGAAAUUGCCUACAGCAACUACAGACAGCUGGGAGGAAUAACUGAGGAGGAGAGGAAGAUGAAAAAACAUGAAAAGGAGGUUGAGAAGGCCGUGAGGGAGCUGGAGGCGCAGUUGGAAUCCGAGCGAGUCAGGAGGGAAAAGCUGGAGAGCCAGCUGGAUGGCUGCCGCGCCGAGAUCGGCCGCCUCAGGGAGAGCCGGGGGAGAACCCGCAGCCCUGCUGCUCUGCCUCUGGAGCCUGAACCCAUCUCCAUUUCCUGCAAAGAGAAAAAGAAAGUGAAGAAGAAUCCACCCUGCAGGCAUGGAGGAGUGUUUGUGAGGCUGCGCUGAGGAAGGAGCCUCAGACACAGGGCUGGCAGGCGGAGGGUGCAGAACGGCUGUGGUUCAUCAAACUGCUUUCCCAGUUCUUUGGGACAGAAAAUAUUUCUAAAUCACUGCAGCAAGGAAAACAAAAAGAACAAAAAGAAAAAAAAAAAAAAGAAGGCUUAUCUUCGUGUCUGAGGUAGUUUAACAAGAGCUUUGCAAAUUGGAACAUUCCAAAAUUCAACUGCAGCAAUGUCAUAGGCCCUAGCCUACGAAAAAGCUAGCCUCACCUACUGGUCUGUUUGGUAUUACUGCCUUGAAACGGGGAAAGAAAAAAAAAAA